AUGGCUCCCAAAACCGCUGAGAAAAAAGUCGCAUCAAAGGCCCCCGCCAAAACUGCCUCCAAAGCUGCUGUUCCUGCUGCUCCUCCUACCGAAACCAGAAAGAAGAACAAAGCCAGAAAGGAAUCCUAUGCCUCCUACAUCUACAAGGUCUUGAAACAAACUCAUCCAGACACUGGUAUGUCCAAGAAGGCCAUGAGCAUAAUGAACUCCUUUGUCAAUGACAUCUUUGAAAGAAUCGCUUCUGAAGCCUCAAAAUUGGCAUCCUACAACAAAAAGUCCACCAUAAGUGCCAGGGAAAUCCAAACUGCUGUUAGAUUGAUAUUGCCUGGUGAAUUGGCUAAGCAUGCUGUCUCCGAAGGCACCAGAGCUGUCACAAAAUAUUCCUCCCAAUAA